GUGGACGCCAGAAACAUCGACGGGAGCACCCCGCUCUGCGACGCUUGUGCCUCGGGGAGCAUCGAGUGCGUGAAAGUCCUCCUCUCGCAUGGGGCCAAGGUCAACCCGCCAUUGUACAUCGCCUCGCCCCUCCACGAAGCCUGUUUAAAUGGCAGCGCCGCGUGUGUCCGUCUCCUCAUUGACGUCGGUGCGAACCUCGAGGCCCAUGACUGCCAUUUUGGAACGCCGUUGCACGUGGCCUGUGCGCGAGAACACCUGGAUUGCGCCAAGUUGUUGCUCAACGCAGGAGCCAACGUGAACGCCGCCAAACUUCACGAGACGGCCCUUCACCACGCUGCCAAAGUGCGAAACACCGACCUGGCGGAGAUGCUGAUCCAAUUCGGAGGAAACGUUUACGCCCGGGACAACCGAGGCAAAAGGCCUUCCGAUUAUAGCCAGAGGAGCAGCUCCACAGGAAAAUGCUUCGCCUACUAUGAACGUGAGUUUAUUUUACUUUUUUCUUUCAUCUGUCUCAUCCGGGUGUGCAUUAGGUUGUCAGGAAUCAGAAUCAGAUUUGGAAUAGA